CUGACUUUCGUUUGGUGAAAGAUGUCUUCUGGAAGUGUGUGCUGUUGUAAAUUUCGUGUUUAGUUGUUUAUAAAUUUAGUUUAGAAUAGUGGACUAUGGCAGGAAGUAUUAUGGACGAAAGAAAGUCUAUUAGAGAUUCGGCCAAAACAUUAAAAAAGUAUGGAAGCACAAGCAAUCAUAUGAAAAGACAGGAACAUUUCAUAAAACAUGCUGUUACAAAGAAUGACACCCUUCAAGGAUUAGCUUUAAAGUAUGGAAUAACGACCGAACAAAUACGCCGUGCCAACCGACUAUGGACGAACGAUAGUUUAUUUCUGAGAGAGAGUCUUCUGAUCCCGGUGCCCUCGGAAAGUGUUUCGUCGCCGAGCGAUGUGAGCAUGUCCGGUUCGUCGGCCUGUUCGCCCAGUUCGCCGCGGCAGAACGGCAUCAACGACAACUACAACGACUUUCUCAACAAGAUCGACUCGGCUAUAGCAGAGACCAAGAGUCAGGUCAUGCUUGCACAGGGAAAUAGCAUUUUCAAAGAAUCCGACGACCAGCUGUUCAUGAAGCGGCGCGCGCCGAUGUCGCGCCUCAAGCACCAACAACAGCAGCAGCUGCAGCAGCAACAGCAGUUGAGCAACGACCCCUACCAGCCGCAGCAGUCCUACCAACAGUACAACCAUCGCAGCAACAGUGCUAGCAGCGUCAACAGCAACUGUUCGGAUGUGCCGCUGGUCAUGACGCAGGGCCGCAGGGUUCGCAGCUCGCUGCAGCGGCUAGAGCAGCAGCGUGACGAAAUGUUCGAGUUGUAGCAGUUGCUCAAUGCGCAUGCGCGAAACGCCAACCUCAACACCUCAUGCAACCUCAACGCGCCCCACUUAUAAUGGUCAAUGUUGGAUAGGUGUCACAAUGAACUCUCAUUAACAAUUUAGGGGUAACGAUGAACAGUUUGUAUUCAAAGUUAUUUAUGAUACGAUGAACAGUCUGCACCCAAAGUAUGCUACCGAAAAUUGUCGAAUAUUUCAUAUUCAUUCUGAUCCUCAUAUUUUCAAUAUUCCAUAUUCAUUCUGAUCCACUCGGUAACGAUGAACAGUUUGUAUCCAAAGUUAUUUAUGAUACGAUGAACAGUGUGCACCCAAAGUAAUAUGCUACCGAAAAUUGCCAAAUAUUUCAUAUUCAUUCUGAUCCACUACGGUACCGAAAAUUAUUGAAAUACACUUUCAUGUAUGGUAAAUAAUGGUGUAAUCUCAACAUUUGAUUCGGUAUCUUUAAGGCUGUGCAAAGGCUAAAAAUAAACUUUCUACUGGUGAUAUUUUUCAAAGUUUUUCGAUUUGUAUAUCAUGAAGCUAUCCAAAUGAACAAGUUAUCUCAGGAAAACAUUUUUUCUGAUUUCUUUGAGAUAUGAGCGCUUAAAGUUUAAAUUUUUGGGACAGAACAUUUCAAGUUUGGUAAGAGAUAAAUCAAUGAGAAUUAGCGGAUAGAUUCUUCAUGGUAUUGUUGAUCUAGAAAAACAAUUUUUUUGAAAAUAUCAAUUUUUGAGAAAGUUAUUCAAUUUACCAAAAUUAACUCAACUAAAAGUUAUGUUUGGUCAUUUUUAGUAAAUUGAAUAACUUUCUCAAAAAUUGAUAUUUUCAGAAAAUUUUUGUUUUAUUAGAUCAACAAUACCAUGAAGAAUCUAUCCUCUAAAUCUCAUGGAUUUAUCUCUUACCGAAUUUAAAAAGUUAUUUGAGAAUUUGAAUAGUUGAGUUAUUUUUGUUAAAUUGAAUAACUUUUCCAAAAAAAGAUUUUUUCAGAAAAUUUUUGUUUUAUAGAUCAACAAUACCAUG